AAAAAAUGCUUGACAAAUUCCACGUCAUUGAAUAAUUUUGGAAACAUUUUAAACUCACACUCACUUUCUGAAUGUUGAUGACCGAAUGAAUGAUUUUUUUUCUAUUAUUUUGUAACCAAAAAGUCACAAGGUUGUCAUGCAACAAUUCUAACCACCACCGUGUUCAUGAUCAUCAUCAUUCAUGCCGUUCAUUAAUAUCCCCACAACAGUAACAUACCUGAAUAUAUUGAUUCGCCAAAAAAUAAAAAAUAAAAACCAGUCGAAAAAAAAGAAUCAUUUGAAAAGUACAUAUCUACUCAGCCAGUUUAUUGUUAUUGUUACUUGUAGAAUAAUUAAUAAUAACUCUAUAUAUAUGCAACAAUUAUCGUAGUCAUGAAAAUACCAAUAAAAAACCAUUCACCAAUUAAUAAUCAUUGUGAUGAUGAUCAUCAUCAUCAUCAUAAACAAAAACAUUUAUUUGUCUUUGAUUCUUCAUCGUCAUUCAAAUCUAAUAUUUAUCAUUGUCGUCGAUCAACACUGUUUUUGUCAAAAUUUUUCAUUCUCAUCACCAUUGUUAUUGCUUUGAUACUGAAAGCUCCAUCGAGUCUAUGUCAUGGAUCAUUGCCUGGUAUCCAAUAUCAAUAUGAAUAUCAUUCGAAUAUUAUUCUGAAUAAUAAUGAUAAUUUGGAACCGGCCGGAUUUCGUGUCAAAGGACAAGUCAUAUUGGAAAAUGUUUGGCAAGAUAAACGAAGCUAUUUGGCUCUGAUUGAAUUGCGUCAAUUUAAAUUUGAACCUCGUGAAUCAUCAUCGUCGACAAGAUUUUUUGAUACCAAUGCUGAAAAUGUCGAUCAUAAUUGGCCACCAGUUUUAGUACAUAUCAAUGGCCAUGAUGGUCAUCUACAGAAUUUAUUCGUUGAAAAAUCUCAUGAUAAUCACCAUCAUCUGAUUGAACCAACACAAUUAAAUUUGAUUGUUUCAAUUAUGAAUGCACUUCGUAAUCGUCGUGAUCAAAAAUCGGAUAAUCAGAUACUGCCAUAUGAAUGGGAACUACAAGGACGACAUUUAAUUCGACGUAAAUCGGUCCAAUCUGAAUUAAUGGAAGAUUUUGGUAAAUAUUCAUUAUUGGCACCAUUGAUUACGGAUAAUUGGGAAAUUGAAUCUGAGUUGGCCAUCGAUCAUGACAUCUCUGAACAUGUAAAGGGAUGGCAAAAUGUUACCCUAGAAUCGAAAAUAUAUCCAAAUGCACAUUCGAAAUUGUUUGUCAAUUUUGAAUUGAAAUUAAUCAGCCAGCAUUCUUCGGCAAUCGUUUCGACAUUAUCAAAAGCUCAAAGCAUUUCACAAGCCGUAUAUCUGUUUGGACAUCAUAUACGUUCGAAAUCGAUGGCUUCACUUGGCCCGAGUCAUUUUCAAGCCGAACGUAAACCAUGUCAACCACAUUUUUGUCAAUCAUUGUCUGAAUUUAUCCAGGAAUAUAAACGUUCAUUAGCUGAAGAUCAUUCAUUGGCUACAAACUCUAUGUCAGUAGCUUUUCUUCGUCUUUUGAAUUAUAUUCGUAUAAAUUCCCACAAAAUCAGCCGUAAAGAUGUAGCUAAAUUAUUACAACAAUUGGAAAAAUCACGUCGUAAUGAUGACAAUAUUUGGAGUACAUUGAUGGAUACGAUUGCCGCUAGCCGUCAUGGUGAUGCUAUGCUUGCUGCUUUGGAUCAUCUUAAUCUGCCUAAAUGCCAAGGUGAUGAUCGUGUUGGUGAUUGUGAACGAUUUCUAGUCGUAACAGCUAUUUCCGGAUCAACCGUUGCAAAUAUGGGCUCAUCUUAUGUGGCUGAACAUAGCUUAAGUGUCGAACAAUUAUUGGAUUUAUUUGUUCCAUUAUUGAGUAAUGGAUCAUGGGCAGAUCACCGUGUUCGAAAUUCAUUUGCGAUGACCGUUGCCACAUUAUUGCAUUCAUAUCGAACAUAUGUGAAAACUUUAUCACACGAUAAUUUUAACAAUCAAUCAAUCAUUGCCGAUCAUAUACCAUAUGAAUCUAGUCGUAUGACAUUACGUCAUCAUUCUAGUCCAACACAAUUUGUCGAUGUUUCACCUGAAUCAAACGCAAAAGAUGAUAAACCUGAUUUAAAAUCUCAAAACCAUGAUCGUCGACAUCAUCAACAAAAAUUGUUGCAAAUAUCGGAAAAAAUCAUCAAACAAUUACAACGUGAUUUAGAUAGCUGUAAAGAUGUCGAAUGUCGAAUUGUUUAUUUACAUGCAUUAGGCAAUACUCGUAUUAUUUCGAAAUUUGGAAUGCUGAAUACAUUGAAACGAUAUGUGAUCAAUGGUGGAAAACGAGAAUCGGUAGCCGCAAUGCGUGCAAUGCGUGAUUGUGUAGAAACAGAAUUUGAAUCAAAUGCCUUCGAUAUGAAUGAAAAAUUAUCAAUACGUCUACGGCAAUUAUUGGUCCGUAUUCUGUAUGAUUCAAAUUUGGAAACAACCACACGAUUAAUUGCAUCGGAAUUGUUAGCCAACGUUGUCGAUCGAGACGGUGAUAUAACCAUUGAAUUGAUAAAACAUUUGGAUAAAUUUCCAUCAGAAUUGGCAACAAUGAUCUGGAAACGAGCCGUACAAAAUGUAUUGUUGAAACGCCGCCAAAAUCGUUUACCCGGUGUUAAAUCCGAAAAUUGGCAUCUACAUUCAAAAAUUUUAUCUGGAUCUUCUGCAUCAUUUAGAUAUGUAAUGGGUGGUACUGGUUAUGCUAAUGCUUCUUAUGGAGUUUUUCUUGAACUAUUGAAAGGAAAACUACCGAAAGAAACAUCAUUCAACGUGGACAUUAGCCGUGAUAAUCAAAUGUAUCAAGACAUCAUUAAUGUCGGUUUGUUUGCACGAGGUUUACAAUCAUUUGCUGGUGAAUCGGAUGAUGGCGAUGAAGAUGAUGAACUUUCUACUAAAUCAUCAUCUGAUGACGAAGAAUCAACAAUGGCCGGAAUGACGUUACAUGUAUUGGGUCAACAAUUACGGCCAUUAAUAUUUUUUCGUUCGACUUCUGAAUUAAUGGGACAUGUUUGGUCAGGUACUGGAUCAGAACCGACAAGCGUUUUUCGUGCCAAUCUAUUGCUAGCCGAUUAUUUGGAUGUUAAACCAUUGAUCAAUGGAUUUCUUGUUGAACAAACAUUGAAAGGUGUAUUUUCCAUUGAUCUUAAUGGUGAAAUACAGAUCUCUAUAUGGAAUCGAAAUUCUCAUUCAAAUGUUCAGACAAAAGGUGCCAUAUUGUUUCAAGGAUCUCAGGAAAUUUAUGCAGCAACCGAUCGAACAAAAACAUCAGCGAAAAAAAUGUUUUCAUUCGGUGCUGAAGCACAGCUGAAUUUUAUUACAGAUUUUGAUUUCUAUUCAUCACCAUAUCGAAUAUGCAUACAGAUUACGCAGCCGGAAUUUAUUUUCAGACAUAAUACAAGAAAAUAUGAACAAGUUCAUUCUGAUCAUUUACAUCGUCGUAUACAUCGACGUUCAUACAAGAUUCCGGCCAAAUCAUAUAUGUUAAAUCGUGAUAAUAGUGAAAUGUGUGCUAUGAUGAACGGAAACGAUAAUAAUGGUGGUAUUAAUGGUGGUAAUGGUGGACAAGAAGAUAAUUUUUUCAGUUUUGAUUAAUUCACCGUUUUGUCAAAUUGUGCUGAAAUGAACUGAAUUGAACUCUAAACUAAACAUCAACAUUCUCGACCUUGAUCCUGAUUGAUUUUAUUUUUAUUUUUUUAUUAUAAAUUAUAUUUUUUUUACAUAAUAUUAAUAUUAUAAUAUGUGUUCUCGCCUACGGGUGAAAAUUGUGUCUAUGUUUGUGUUUGUGUGUAUGAAUUUCUAAUCUAAAAUAAUAAUAAUAAUAAAAAAAUGUUGUGUUUUCAA